UUUAUAAAUUGUAAAAAGUGACUGAAAUUCCAUCGCACAACAAUAACUAACUUUUAUUUUAAAAUUCUUUUUUUUAAAUGUAACUGUUUACUGUCUUCCUUCUUAUUACAAAGAAAAAAACUGUUUCGUCAGAUAAAAAAUUAUGAAAUCAAAGGCAACAAUGAAAUCAAACACAUCCGAUUCGAAUGAUACACUGAAAAUGUCCAAUCGAAAUACAUUGGCGUUUUGGAUAAUCGUUUGGCUCAUAAGUAUUUUAACUAUUGGAAAUUUAUUGCUCACUCUAACAAUUUUUGGCGUAUUGAAAUUGGGCAAAGGCAUGGAAUAUUUGGAGUUGGUGCCAGAGAGUGGUGCCAUAAAGUUUUUCCAAUCAAUUGAUUUGGAUAAAGUUACUAAAAAAGAUGGAAAAAUUGAGGGAUUUUAUGACAUUCCAGUCACAGUCACGGGUGAACGUUCGGAUAUUUUUAUAAAUAUGAUAAAUCCAACAAAUGGUCAUUUACACAAUAAAAUGCUAAUGAGCAAGAAUGGCACACAUUUCAGUGGAAUAAGUGAGUUUGAAUUGAAAAGUCCAACCACAAAUGAAGCGAUAUUUACAACGCACAAACCAACUUAUAAUCUUCCAUCGGGCGCAAAUAAUUUGAUUGCAAAACGUAUAAGUGCAAGUGCCAUUAAAGCGGCAAUCGAUGACGAAUUAGUUUUGAAUACAACAAAUCACAAGAAAAUCACCAAUAAAAUUUCGAUUCGAGGAAGUGAAGGUGUUAAACUAAAUGGUGAAGAACUGGUUUUAGAUGCAGAGAAUAUCAUUUUAACCGCUCAAAAUGGUACCAUUUAUUUGAACAGCGAACAUGGCAUUCAUUUGGAUGUCAAACAUAUUCCAAUUAUACAAGAACGCAGUGGCCUAAAAAUGGAGGAAAAGCAAUAUAAAAUAUGCGUAUGCAUGCCGGGCGGUCGACUAUUUCGCGUAUCAUUGCCACAAAAGAAUAUUGUCAAAGAUGUGUGCAGCUACGCAAAUCUUAAUUAUGAUCCAUGCAUAUAAAUUCGAAUAACAACAACAACAAAAAAACGAUUGCAAUAACGAUGCAUUUAUUUACUUAGCUAAUCUACAUAAGCUAAUAAUAUUAAUCAAAAUUAGUAACAAGUAAAAAGAUUUUUGGAAAUGAUUUGUCAAUGAACAUUUAACAAUAUUUAUGACUAAUAUAUAAUCACGAAAUAAAAUUUGGACGAUGGAAAAAGAAAAUGUUUCACAUUUAUACAUGAAACACAUAGAUUCGA